AUGGAAACAUUUUUUGAAGCAUGUGAUGAAAAUAACAGAGGCUAUUUAGGCAGAGAGGAAUUUAAAGUUACUGUAUUGAUGUUGUUUGGUUAUAAACCCUCAAAGGUGAAGGUGGAUUCAGUAAUGUCUUCUAUGGAUUGUUUAUGCAGCAUGGAUCUUUAUCCAUGGCAUGCAAGUGCUAUUGCCUUAGAAAAGUCUAUGUUUCUCUUCAGUGCAAAGAACCAUGAGAUGGCAGAUAGACGAUUUUUGACUUUUGAAAACUUCAAGAAAGCCUUGAGUUCUGCCUCUCCUAAGUUAUCUGAAAGAAUCAUAGUUGAAGCCUUCAGAGAAGUCAAUCAGAAUUCUGAUGGCCACAUCAGCUUCAAAGAGUUUGAAUCUGCAAUGAAGUACGGACGAGAUGAAAUAUCACCACUGUACUUUGCCUAAAGAAUAUUCUCUGGUGAAAAGACAAAGUGAAAACUUCAGAUCUCAAGAUAUUUAAAAAUCAAUGAAACUUCAUUUGUUUCAGCCAGCAUUUUAAGAACUUUGACUGUAAGUGUAGCUCUGAAGAACAGCCUUUGAAGCUUUACUGUUGACAAGUUGGGUGUAUUAAUUUACAUGUGUAUGUGUGUGUAGAAUACUUAAAAUAUUUGAAAUCUCAAUUGAUUCCCAAUCACCCUAGUUAGGAACUAUAACUCUGUACUUUUUGCUUUUUUACUUAACAGAUGAAAAAGGAGCAACUCUGAUUUCCAGUUACUGUGAAAUCUAUUUGUUCAUUUUUUCAACAGCCCUUUGUUGACAGACCAAAAUAUCUCACAUUUAUAGAAACUGAUUAAAUUUAUGGCAGAUAAUGCCUGGGUUUUUUUAAAUCACUAGUGUAUUUGUCUUUCCUUUAUUGUUUCACUUUCAUAUAUUGUUCUUUUUUAUAUAUAUUACACAUUAUUUUUAAUUUAGCAUUUAUUGCUUAAUUGGCUACGUGAUUUAAUUCUGAACAAUUAGCAAGAACUGUGUGUGUAAGGAAGUAAAGUAAGCAUAAUACUUAGCUUUUUUUUUUUUUAAACAAUUUUUUAAAUGGAGAUGCGAAUAAAUCUUUAAAAAGUACAUCAUGGACCUCAGUGUCACAGGCUGAAAAUAAUGUGUAUUCAAACCUUCAGCUGACUUUUAGGGAAGAAUUUGUAUAUAUAUAUACUUUAGCAAGAUCAGAGAAUUUCCCAGGAGUUGAGAGGAAGCAUAAGGUAGAAUCUGUCAUUGUCUACAAAGCUAUCUUCCCUUCUCUCCCCUCUCUUGUCCAGUAACUGGGAGAUGUUCUUGCCUGCUGUAACUUUAUAUAUAUCCAUCCAAGCUGUGCUGUAGUGAGAUAAAUCUUUCUUAUUCAAUUUAUUUUAUCUGUGAUCACUUACUUCCUACUGCCUUUGUGUGUUCGUAUUAAUAGUUACCAAUAAUAGAGAUUUCAUUACGGGCACUGUCUCUGAUCAUAUGGUCCACUCUAUUGCUUCAUUUCUG